AUGGUUGCCAGGAUCCAUUUGAACCAGGCCACGGCCGUCUUCGCCCGGCGCCAGCCUCGCACCCUGUCCAGCUUCUCCAAGCGCUUUCAAUCCUCCUCUGCUCCCACCACCCAAAACCCCGCCUACCCGCUCUACCCCUCCGUCGCCCAACUCCUACACCAGAAGAAUAUCCCCGAGUCGGAAGUAUCAAAGAUCCCUGCCUCCGGCCCCAAAGGUCGCCUGUUGAAGGGUGAUGUGCUCGCAUACCUGGGCCAGAUCGCCACCGAUUACCCCUCAACACAAGCUGCGAAGCUCGCCAAGCUCGCACACCUCGACCUGAGCAACAUCAAGCUCGCGGCGCCGCCCGCGCCCGCGCCCGCGCCAGUUGAAGAGGUCAAGGCGCCCAAGCCCGUCCGAACUACCUCAAUCGCGAUCUCGAUCUCGCUGGCCGCUGUACUGUCUGCGCAGCGGAAGCUGCAGGAGAGCCUGGGUGUGACGGUGCCCUUGUCGCGGUUCCUCGCAGUGGCGACGGAUUUGGCGAAUGAUGAUCUGCCGCGGUCAAAGGACGAGGUUUCUACGCCCGAUGAGCUGUUUGAGGAGAUUCUGGGCGCGGAGCCUUUCACUACUUCGCGUGGGGAUUACAUCCCGGAGUUGAAUGCGUACGAGGCUACUCCAGCGUCGUUCCGUUCUCAGCCUGUUAAGGAGGAUAUUAUUGAUAUCCUGACCGCGAAGCCCGGCAAGAAGAGGGUUGCUUCGGUGCCUUUUGAAGAGGAUGUUUCGGGUGGUGCUUCGAAUGUGUUCAGCUUGACUGUGCCAGUCGGUCAGGAGCUGCGGGCUAAGGAAUUCCUUGAGCGGCUGAAGACUCUUCUGCAGGUUGAACCUGCGCGGCUUGUGGUCUAG